AUGUUCAAGCAAUGGCUUACAAAGAACAUGCCUGUGUUUGCUAUGAUAAGCUUGCAGUUCAUAUAUGCAAGCAUGGCCCUUGCAACCAAAGCUACCUUGGACGAGGGAUUCAGCCCUGUAAUCUUUCUUGUUUACAGGCAAAUAGUUGCCUCUAUUAUUCUCACACCAGCAUCCAUCAUAAAUAUGAGUAGGAAACCAACUGAAAAGACUAUGGGAAUGAAGGGUUUCUUUCUGGUGUUCUUGGCUGCUCUUGUUGGAGUGGCAAUGAGUGCGAACUUCUAUUUCAAAGGAUUGCAGUUGGCUUCUGCAUCUGUUGCUACUGCUAUAUCCAACAUAGUACCUGCUGUAACAUUUGUCAUAGCAGCUGCAGUUGGAUUGGAGAAGGUGAGACUUGGGAACAUUAGAAGCAUGGCUAAAGUUCUUGGAACAAUUAUAUGCCUCUGUGGAGCUGUUGUCAUGAUAUUAUCGAAGAGCCAAAAUCUUAUGAACAGUGAGAUCAGAAAGAUUAUCGUAAGUUCAUUAUUACAAUUAGCAGCAGGAGACAAAUGGCUUCUGGGCGUCUUCUUUCUUAUAGCAUGCUACACUUGCUGGUCUGCUUGGCUUAUUAUACAGGUGCCAAUAUGUAGAAACCAUCUGGAUCCACUCUCAUUAUCUGCUUGGAUGUCUGUAAUAUCUGUUUGGCUAACAGCUAUUUUAGCUCUACUCGUAGAACCAGGCUGGAGGGUCUGGAGACCUGUGUCAGGCUUGUCUCUUCUGUUUUGCAUUUAUACUGGAUUCUGCUGUGCUGUUAGCUACUUUGUCCAGUCCUGGUGCAUAGCAAUCAGAGGGCCACUAUUUUCUGCUAUGUUUAACCCUCUCUGCACUGUGAUUACUACAAUUGCUGCUUCCUUCUUGCUUCAUGAAGAACUCUAUAUAGGAAGCUUGGGGGGUGCAGCAGCCAUUGUAGCAGGUUUGUAUGUUGUGCUUUGGGGGAAAGCUAAUGACAUAAAUGAUGGUAAGAAACAGCAUGGAGCUGAUGAUAAUGACAGAAUGAUUAGAAAUUCUGAGAAGAAUGAUCACGAGAAGAUAUCUGAAAAUAACCUCGAAGAAGCCUUACUUAGUUCUUUAAAUGAACACUGUUAA